UUUCUUGAGAAGUUGGAAUAUCUACAAAGACACUCCGCCAUCUUCGUGUUUUGAAGCGAAAACAUGGGACUUCAAAUAUUGGCCCGAAAUUCUGCAAUUUCAACUGUCAAAAACGGGUACUUCCCCAAUACCUACCAGGAUGUCUUGAAGCAUUAUCUGGUAAAUGAUGAAUCAGUGUUAAAAUUAUUUGACAGAAGGUGGGCAUUGAGCUGCCCUGAUGCCAAAAUCAAUCAGAUAAUGAUUUCAAACCGCAAGGGAGGCGGAUCAGUUCGCGAGGGAACCAGUUCAUAUCGAAACAUCACCCUACCAUGCCUUGGUGAAGGCAUGAUUGGGAAUAAGAAGAAUUUUUCAUCAUUCUAUGUGGUGAGGGAUGAUUUGUUGCAUCCUCUGGUAAAUGGUAACAAGUCGAGGAAAUUAGAUGCAUUGCUUCCUGUUCUUGAAGAUAAUGCUGUGACUGGAGUGGUUACCUGUGGAGGCUGCCAAAGUGCACAUGCUGCUGCAGUUGCCGUGUCUUGUGCUGAAAGGGGAUUGAAGGCGCACAUACUUCUUCGAGGAGAAGAACCUGAAACUCUAACUGGUUACAAUCUUGUUUCUAAACUGUAUGGGGAUGUGGUUUAUGUUCCAAGAUCUGUGUAUGCCAAAAGAGAAGAAAUGCUUGCAAAGCAUGCGGAGUCGAUUGUAGGCGCUGAUGGAUCUAUUUUAUGGCUUAAUGAUGUUGUGGAGGCUUCUGUCAAACAUCAUGAAUCCACGGUACAGAACUUUCCAGAAGCAGAUCUCGUUAACUGUCACAAAAAACCUGAGAAAGUUGCUAUUAUAAAUGAAGGUGCAGGAGACGCAGUAGCCUUGUUAGGUGUUAUGCGACUGAUAAAAUACUUAUCCCAGAAGCAUUUGUUUGGGAAAGAGCAGGCCAUGAAAAUCGUUGUAGAUGCUGGCACCGGGACAACAGCUGUUGGUUUGGCUCUUGGGGCUCUAUCUUUAGGGCUUCCGUGGGAGGUGACUGCCGUGAUGCUGGCUGACAAAAUCGAGGGCUACAAAAGAAAGGAGAAGAAUUUGAUAUCUGAGUUCCUUAGAAUUUAUACAUCAUCUCCUGAGGUGAUAGCUCCAUGUGAAGGAAUUGGCGGAAUCGUGCAAUGGGUAGAGCGCCGAAUACCUAGAAAGUUUGGAAAUAUACUAAAAGGGGAAGUUGAGGAAUGUCGAAGAAUAGCACAAGAGACCGGUAUCCUUGUGGAUCCGAUAUACACUCUGGCUGCUUGGGAUCUUGCAACUCAGCUCAGCCAGAAUGAGGAACAAGACACCAAAAUCGCGAUGCUGCACACCGGAGGGACACUUGGAAUGUUUGGACUCGCGCAGCGUUACAACUCUUACUUCCGAAUGCCUGCACAAUGAUGCCAACUCCAGCCAUAUUAUAAAUUUUGAUUUAUCUAAACAUAUUCUUAUAUGUGUGUCUAACUGUCUAUAUAUGUACAUAUGCUGCAUACAUUUUUGGGGUGCUAGCUGCCUAAGUUGUUAUAAAUGGCUAAUCUAAUCUCUAUCAAGAAUAUUAUUGAAAACAAUGGAAAAUGUUACUAGUUUUUUUUUUUUAUAGAUAAACAAGUCAUGAAUGAA